UAUUUCCAAAAAUAUAAUCUGGUCUGCAAAAAGCAAAUUUAACGGACAAAAACAAUAACCUACUGGUUGUGAUACAUAUAGUGGCUUUAAUAUGGGAUCCGAUGACCUCAGCGCAGGCGACAAAAUCCAAAAGGGAUUUCAGAUCAACUACAUGAUACUGCGCGAUGCGGACACCGGCAAAGUUAUCUGGCAGGAGAAUAAAGACUUUUCGGCACCGGACGUGGAGCACGAGGCGCGGGUGCCAGUCAAAAUUCUGGACAUGCGCGCCGUAUCGCGUGAGAUCAACUUCAGCACGAUAGAGUCAAUGCAAAACUUUCGGCUCGACCAGAAGGUGCUCUUCAAGGGUCGCAUCAUGGAGGAGUGGUUCUUCGAGAUGGGCUUCGUGGGCGCCAACACCACCAACACAUGGCAGAGCACCAUUGAAGCAGCUCCCGAGUCCCAAAUGAUGCCCGCUAAAGUCUUAAAUGGCAAUGUGACAAUUCAAACCAGUUUCUAUGACAACGAAACACUCAUCACAAAAUCGGUUGUGCGCUUAUAUUACAUAUAAAUAAGUGUACUGUGUGUGGGCGAUACACCAUCGCACACACACACACA